CGUACCCGGUCAAACCGGGUAAACCCGGUCGGUUAGCCCGUCACAGCGGGUCGCUCCUCCUGAGCACCGUUUUUGUCUUAUGCGGCACCGUUUAUGCUGGGAGAAGCUGAACAUGGGUUUGGAAAAUGAAAACCCUACUUGUUCUCGACCCUGCUCCAUUUUAGGUUUGCCGCAACCCCCAACUGUCUCCCGCUCCCGCAGUCGCUCGAUCGCCAUCGCCAGUAGGCCAAGGUUUGUCGGUGGCGCGCUCUAGGGCGGAGAGAUUCUUCUACACAGCUCGGCUGCCAUCUCCCUCGGUUUCCACCGCUCGGUCUCCCCUGCCUCGAGCUCGACCGCCUCUGUCUCCGUCUGGCGUCCUACAUUUGGGCUUCCUCGAGCUCGGUCGCCCCUGCUUGGAAAGUUGACAGUUCAAGCUCGGCCUUUCAUCUCUAGUUGGCAUCUCGGCCUUCCACCCUUCUCCUUGCCGAUCGACGGUUGUUGGGUUUUGGGACUUGGGACUUGGUUCCAAUAAAUGGAAACGAACGAGAAUUGUGAUGUUUUUGUUUUAGAUGUUCUAGAUGAAUUUGGUUCCAUUUGUUUGAUGUUUUAGAUGUUAGGAAGAAGUUGAAUUGUUUUAGAAGUUGAAUUGUGUUGUUUGAUGUUUUAGAUAAGUACAAUAUAAUAACUCUUUUCAUAUUCUCGAGCUAAAGAAGGCUAAAACGGGUGACCCAUUAACCCUUGACCCACUAGCUUGACCGGGUUCGGGUCGACCCUCGGAUGGCCGGGUUGACAACCUUGAAAAGAUGACACUUAUAAUUUUUUCCAGUUAAUCACACAAUGGGGUACUAAUCAGAUGGGCUGUACAAGAUAAGAAAUUAUAUAUAGGGCUUGUAAGAAGAUUAGGAGCUUAAAUCUAUUAAAACAAAAAGGUUAAUGUGAUGAAGAUCAUUAUGUGCAAAUAAUUAAAUAUAGAGUCAAUUAAUUAUGUUGUUAUACAACAUCCAAAGAAAAUAAUGGACCAAGUCCAAACUAGCAGUUCAUUGAAUUAUUCAAAAAUAAAAGGGCUAAUACCACUAGGAAACCCGAACUAUUAAUUUUGUGUCAUUUAUGUCCUAAAGUAUUCGAUAUGACAUUUGUGUCCUAACGUAUGAUAGUUGUGUGUCAUUUACGUCCUGACAAUUUUGUUGACCGUUAUAGAUAACGGUUGACCAAACGGUCAACCAUAAAAUGUUGACUGUUGAUUACAUGGCACAUAUGUGGCAGCCACAUAUGCGCCACGUCAGCUGCCACAUCAGGUUGUUAUUUUCAAAUUAAAAUUAACCAUUAAAAUACAAAAUAAAAAAUAAAAAUCUUAACAAUUAAAAUUAUUUUCAGCCACAUAUCCUCAUCUCUUCAUCCGUCAAUUUGCCCCUUCCAUUUUCGCUUUCUUGUUUUGUUUUUCUCCCGGAUCUAGCCUGAUUUCGAACUGAACCCGUUCUUCUUUUUCUUCCCCUUUGAUGAACUGAACCCCCCAACCCAAUCAGACAGGACGCCCUGUGAAGAAGCCGACGGAUGCAAGGGAGGAAGAAAAGCCUCGCCCUCUGCUCGCCGUCUCUUGGAAUCCGUCGGCGAUUUGGGCGGAGGCGGCAACGUCGGUAAACAUUCAUGAACCAAUAUGGCUUCAGCUCCGCUGCUCACUGCGGCCGGUGCUGAAUCUCGCUCCUUCUAGCGCAGGUGGUGGUGGGGAAUGGAUCGGUGCCUGGGGUGAUGACGAUUAACCGGCGAUGGAGGGGAAUGGUGACGGGUUUGGUGGCGAAUCGAUAGAGAUGAAUACGACACCUUUCAAGGACCAAUCAGAGGGAGUCGAGGAAUCGCCAACAACAAGCACCUGCCAUCCCGAUCUUGACGAGCUGUUUGAGCGAAUCCCAAGUGUAAUAGAGAUUUGGCUGGGGAGAAUCGGUGGCCGGAAAUUGUAUGGUGAAAGGCGGUGGUAGGCAGUUGGGAUUUGGCUGGAGAGAAUCCCAAAUCAAUUUGUUUACUGUUUUUGUUUUUUUUAUUUUCUUUUUUCUUAUAUGAAAAAUAACUAUAAAUUAAUAAUAAAAGUUCCACGUCAGAUGCCACAUAAGCGCUGACUAGACUUUCUGUUAAAAACUAACGGUCAACGCUAGUCAACUUUAACGGAAAAAUAGUUUGGGACACAAAUGUCAUAUCGAAUACUUUAGGACACAAAUGACACAAAGUUAAUAGUUCGGGUUUCCCAAUGGUAUUAACCCAAAGUAAAAAGCAAUAGUUAUUAAAUUGUGUUGAGAGAGGUAAUUGAGUGUUGCGUGGUCAUGUUUAUAUGUCGUUGACUCAGUGGAGGAGUUACAAUAGUGUUUGGGGCCCUUAGGCCCCUGAGAUAUUCAAAAUUACAUAUAAAUAGUUUUUUUUGGUAAUAAAAAUUAUGAAUAUAGCGAGUCAAAAUUAAAAUGAAGCUAGCGUGAAAUAAACAUAAAGAAUUUCCUAUAGCCCAAUAGUGGGUCAGUAAUUCUGUAACAGAUGGGAUGAGGUGUUAAAAUACUAGAGUUCGAGUGGUCUUUUGUAAUUGACCAUGCACAACAAAAGGACUUGUAUUGUCAUUAAAAUGGGUAACAAAUAAAAAUACAACACUUUUAAAAUUCUCUAUUCUUCUUCUUCUUCUUUCUUUGUUCUUCUUCUCUAUUGUCCUGUAAUUUCUCCAUUUCCCUACCAAUCUUCCUCCUUGCCAAUUGAAUUCAAAGAGAAGAGAACCAAUUCAAGCACAUGAGUUAAAAGGUAGUAUCGGAGUCAUUUGUCGACACCCAUGGCAAAUACAAUUCGAAUGGUGCAAAUGGAGGAACGUCUGGUUUUUGUUACCAAUCGAGCAAGAGUGAUGAAAUUGCGACUUCAGGAGCUCGGAGAUCAUAUCUCUGCCGUGGAGAUAGAGAUGAUAGUUGUUGGAUAACAAUUAGUUCUCAACUUGCGGCUUUAACGAAGUCCGAUUUCGUUUGACGAAGCUGGGUCAAACGAGACUUGUAAUCAUUGUUACUGACAUGGGGAAGCCGUUGAAUGGUCAUAGCCUUUCUCAAGGUAUCCACCCACCACCUUUUCGAUGAAGUGUGGGGUUGGGGGGUAUGCCAAUAUGCCUUCCGCCAAGGAGUGGUGUCCCAUAACAAGUCAAUGUUAAACCUCAAAUAAACACAACCCAAGGUAAUUCCAAUUCUCAGUUGUCUUUAGGAUUUCCUUCCUUCAAUGGUGAGAACCCUAGAGAAUGUAUUAGAAAAUAUGAGGGGUUGUUUUUGGAGUAUGGAAUCUAUAAUCAUGAUAAGGUCAAGGCUGACACAGUCAAUUUGGGGGGGAAGGGUUGAUAUAUGGUUUGAGGAUUGGUCUUAUCAUCGACCUGUUUUGAUUUGGAGUGAGCUUGUCAUGGUUGUGCCGGUGGUGAAUAGGUUCAUCGAAGUCCCAAAAUUAUUCUUCUUUAUGUUCUAUGGAUAAUUUUGUGCCUCAACCUUCUUCUCUCUGUGAUUCUCAUAAUUCCUCAUAUCCUUCUCCUGCUCACAGUCUUGAUGUAACCUUGAGUGUUACUAAGACGGACGCCGCUCAAUCUUCUCUUCCUACCCUCGUUUCAUUGUCUUCGUCUUCUCGUCAAAGUUUCUCAAUGUUCUAGCCUCAAACCUCUUUAUUACUACCUUCCAAAACUCAUUCAUAUCCUCUAAAUUCUCCAUCUUCAUUGUUGACUGAUUAUUCUUCUUUAAGAAUAAGCUCCUUGGCUCUUU